UUCAAAGCUUGAUGCUCUGUUUUAAUUGAUAAUCAGUUUUUAUUCGUUUAUUUAAUAGAUUUUUUAAUAUAGUCAUAUUUAAAAAGUUUUUUUAAUCAUUUUUAAACCAUGACAGAUAACAGAAUAAUUGAUAUUAUGGAAAUUGAACCACGAUCUUUGAAACCUCAAAUUUCCAAUCCAUCAUCUAUAAAAGAAAUCUCCAAAGACAUUCCAGAAGUCUCCUUACUCAUAAAUACUAGCCAACCAAGAAAUUUACGAACUCCAUCUCGCACAUUUAAUGAUCAGGUUUCACAAAAUAGAUACCAAUAUAAUCAAACAGGAUAUAUUAGUAAAAGUAAUCAAGCUUCGAGUUCUCCUUGGAAACCAGAGAGACCUUUAAUGCCUAUAACCCAUAUUAACGUUCAACAAUCACAGCAAAAAAUGCAUCCAACACCUGCAAUAAGAGAUAGAAACCAACAACCAAGAAUAAACGAAGUUGAAUUAAAAAAUCGUAAUUAUUCACCAGAUUUAAGAUUAAAAUUUUACCAAAAACUCCAAGAUUUUCCAAAACAAGUACCUGAUAAUGUUGUAAAAUCUAAAGAAAACGUAAGAACACCUCCAGUAAGAAGACAAUUUUCACGACCAAUGAUUUGUACGUCAGGAGAAGUUUCUAAUUUAAGCGAACAGACAUCGAACAUGAGUAAAAGAUCAUCUCCCAUCAAUAAAUCUAAUAACAGUAGUCAUAGAAGCAAAAACAAUAGUUACAAUAGUAACAAUUCUAAUAAUGAUGGUAGUAUUAAUAAAGAUAAACAAAAUGUUAAUAAAGAUAAACAAAAUGUUGAUAAAGAUACUGUUAAACAAUUGGCUAAUUUAAUUAAGAAUCAAGCAACACAAAUUCAGGGAUUAAAAAUGCAAAUUAAUUCUUUAAUUGCACUUCAAAAGGAAAAGUUGAAAAAUCAGAAGUUAAUAUCAAAGGUUCGUUGUAUUGAUCAAGGGAACAAUUCUAAACCUCAGAUGAUAAUGAGACAAAAUCAACAAAUAACUCAAACUAGUACAAAUACAAGCUGUGCUGUAGUAGAAAAUAAAAUAUCAGUUGGUGUUAUGACUAGUUUUGAAUUUACUUUAAAAAAUAAACAAUCUGGAAGCGAUAUUGACGAUAUUAGACAACGACAACAACAAAUCUUGAAUACUCAUGGAGAGAAAAAUAAUUUUAUUUUACCUCCAAAUAUUUCUAGUCUUACGAAAAAUGAUUUAGAACAUCAUCUUAAUAGUCCUAAUGAACUUAUCAAUCAAAAUAAUUGGUUUAGUUCAAAUGAGAUGCAAUCAAAAGAACCUUUUGCUCGAAGAAUGAAUAUGGAGCAGAAUGGAGGUGUACCAUCAUUGAAUAUGCAAGAUAAAUAUUAUUUAACUGAAAAUAAUAAUGAAAUGCUUCAGUCAUCGGUGCAACCUAAAAUUGGCUGGACAUUUUAUAAUAAUAUUUUAUGUCAGGUCAAUGAAAUUUUAAAUAAUUCUCAUGAUAUUCGUCAACCAACGCAACAUCUGUAUAACACAAUCAUGCAACAAAGAUCAACAGCUAGGCAACUGAAGUUCUUUGGAGCUAAAUUUUCAGACUUAAAAGAUAUUGUUGCAGCUAAUAUUAGUCAAAAAAUUACUGCAACUGUAGAUUCAUCAUAUUAUCCAAGGGUAAAUUAUCAGACUAAUGCCAUUCCUUCAGGAGAUUCCAUUGAUUCAAAUACAAGUUUCCAUAUGCGUAAACUUGCUAUGAAGUAUCUUGGUAAAAAUAAUGUUUCUGAAUCGAUGGUAAUGAAUGAACAAUUGAUUAGUAGAGUUUUAAUCGAUAAUGAACAUGCUCAUAAUAAUAAUUUAUCAAUGAAAGCAGCAUGUAAUUAUACUGAAAAACAUAUUAUGACUUCGGAUGAGAGUCCUUUUAGGCAUAUUGAUGGUCGAAAAAACCAUCAUUAAUAUAAUCCAUAUUAAACAUCUCAAGUUUAAAACUAUAAUCCAAACUUCUCAAUCAUGAGUUUGGCAGGAUAAUUUAUCCAUUAAAAUUUUAUCAUUGUUACGAAUAUUAGUAUGUAUGUAUAUUUUUCUACCUUUAUUAUAAAAGAAAGAAGAAAUCUA